CACAGAAACUUAAAGUCACUUCUCAUCUUCACCCAUAAACAGAUAUCUCUAUAAGUUCUCUUGCUUUUCUUAUUUUCAUCCCUAAUAUCUCUCAUUUCUAUCAAAAGAAAUAUAGACACUUUCAUCCCCUGAGAAUCCCUUUUGAAACACUUUUUCACAUCAUAACACCAAUGGAGAAGCUACAGAAGUUGAUUUCUGAGAAGUCAGUAGUGAUCUUCAGCAAGAACUCGUGCUGCAUGUCUCACACAGUCAAGACCCUUUUCGUCGACUUUGGCGUGAACCCAACAAUCUAUGAGCUAGACGAGAUCAACAGAGGACAGGAGAUAGAGCAAGCAUUGGCUCAGCUUGGCUGCAGCCCGACCGUGCCGGUGGUGUUCAUAGGAGGUCAGCUCGUAGGUGGAGCCAGUCAAGUCAUGAGUCUUCAUCUCAAUCGUUCUCUCGUCCCAAUGCUUAAGCGCGUUGGGGCUUUAUGGCUUUAAUAACGUAAUGAUCAUGAUGAUACUAAUUCAAAGUGACCAAAACAAAAGUUUACACAUGAAAGUAUGUAUGAGUUAUUGCUAUGUCUAUCUAAGUUUUGGAAGAGAUAGAUUUUUCGGAUACAUAUUGUGUAAUCUAUGAGUGUAUUUUUAAUAAAAUCAGUAACCGUUAUAAC